AAGGAAAUAGGCAACGUUUCGGGCCAAAACCCUUCUUCAGACUGCACCCGCUGAGUUUCUCCAGCUUUUUUGUGUACCUUCGAUUCUCCAGCAUCUGCAGUUCCUUCUUAAACACAUACUAUCCUGCAUUCUGAUUUAAAAUGUAUGACCAGUUCUUUGUCAGCAAUGAUUCUAAAUGUUGUAUCCACUGCUUAAUAUAAGGACUACAGCUGUUCAAGGGGACAGUUCAAUACUAUUUCCUCAUAGCAGAAAUGGACAGAAACAGUGUGGUAUGUCCUUUAGACAAUGAUUAAAGUGACAUGAUAUUUUUCAACAACUUGAUUUUACAAAGCAGUUUUAGUGUAAUAAAAAUGUCCAAAGCCAUUUCAGGAGAGCAUUUAUGAACAAACAUCGACACAAGUUCAGGCAAGAAGGUACAAAGGCAAAUGAACAAAAUGGUAGGAAUUAAGGUGCACUUACAAUGAGGAAAGCAGCAUAAAGAGAGAGAGAGAUUUGGGGAGGAAAUUCCAGAGUUUAUGGUCCUGCUGAAAAUAUAUAUAUAUAUUGUUACCUUUUUGCAUAUCUUUCAUACAUUUAUUCUAUAUCUCUAUAUCAGUCUAUAUCUCUCAUUUUCCCUUUCCCCUGACUCUCAGUCUCAAGAACAGCCCCACCCGAAACAUCAAUUAUUCUAUUUCUCCAGAGAUGCUAUCUGACCUGCUGAGUUACUCCAGCUUUUUGUGUCUAUCUUCGGUUUAAACCCGCAUCUGCAGUUCCUUCCUCCACAUAGGCAUCAAUCAUAUGUGAUUAAAAAUCAGUGAUGCUCAAUGAACUUUAUUAUGAGAUGUGUGAAUACAGGGAAGGUCAUAGAGUUAAAGCAGAUUACAUUGAUAGAAGGGAGCAAAAGUCAUGGAUUAAACAUUAAAAAAUUCAAACCAUUGCUUAACCAGGAGCAAACAUAACACAAAGAGCACAGGAAUAAUGGGUGAACAAUAGCAGAAGAUGGUUUGACAUUAAGACUUCUACUUCCUUACUUAACAAUCAAAGACAAAAUACUUACAAUAUAGACAAAAUUAAAUUUCACCCAUUGAGUCAGUCUGAUAAAUCUAAUCUGAAGGAAUACAAACCAUUGUAUACGGCAAAUCCAUAGGUAUCUGGGCUUCUCAUCUAUUUGAUGGUCCAAAUAAAGAGAAACAUUCAAUUAGCCUUAACCAGUACAUAGCAGUAGAAAUAACUUUAUAAACUAAAUAUUAUAAGCUAAGGCAUAUCCAUGAUGGCUUUAUUAAACUCCAAUCCUGAGAACCCAUGUUCUUUGAAAACUCACAUGGAAUAAAUGAACUCCUGCUGAGGUUGCAGAAUUAUCCUUUGCAGACAUGACAUCUGACCACAAUACCACAAUAAGACACAACAGAGGAACUUCACAGCAUUGAAAAAACUUGACAUUUAGAGCCGCCAAAGUUUUACAGCUGAUAAAAGUACUUUUGAGAUUUAAUCACGCAUAUGAAAUAUGGAGAAAGGAGAACUACCCUCUAAUAUUGCUUAGUAAAGUACCCGCAGUGCGAUAAUGUUCGUCAAAUAUUAAAGGCAACGCCUGUGCAAAUAGUUGCGAUUGUGAUUACCGCAUUUUUCGAAAUUUGAUUUCUUCUCCAUCAACUCCCUUCUAUACAUCUUCAUCUUUUGUAAAAUGUUCCUCUUUUGAUGUUACAUACAUACCUUUCCUUGUCUUGAACAAUUCUUCCCAUGGAGCUUCUACUGAUUCUGCUUCCUCUCCCACUUCUUCCCUCUUUAACCCGCAUUCCUUAUAUUAAUUUAUCUAUGACAUUUCUCACCAUCUUACUCUUCCUUGUGCAUCUUUUGUAUGCCUUUGCCAAAAAUCUUCAUUAAUUUCUCAUCAAAAUCUUGGUCUCUUUGUGCAUAUCUUACAUUUUCUUACCUUUAACAGUUUUUUUGUUUUGCCUUAAUCUUAAUAAACCCAUCCUUUUCAGCUUAUCUUAUGCUUAUAUUGACAUGGAGGAAGCUAUUUGGCCCAUUAGAUCCACACCAGGUCCUGGGAACAGUCCCAUUUUGCCCCUCAUUCCCUCUCCUCUUGCAAACUGUUCUCUCUCAUGUCCAACAAUUCCUCUUUUAUCACUUCCAUUUAUCUGCACGAUGUGGCCAAUUAACCCACCAGCAAAGCUGGAGGAAACUCAAUGAUCAUGCGAGUGUGCAAACUCUGCACUGGUAGUACUCAAGGUCAGGAACAAAUUCAGGUUCUCGGAACUCUGAGACAGUAAUACUGCUGGGCCGGUGUCACUGGCCACUCAUUUUCAGUAAGUGAAUGAAGAUAAGUAGAUUUGAAAAAGCUCAUGAAGACAUGAGGCAUAUAAAGAUUUGCAAAAAGACAAUAGAUGAUAGGCGCAGGAGUAGGCCAUUUGGCCCUUUGAGCCAGCACCACCAUUCAAUGUGAUCAUGGCUGAUAAUCCACAAUCAGUACCCCUUUCCUGCCAACACCCCAUAUCCCUUGACUCCGCUAUCUUUAAGAGCUCUAUCUGACUCUCUUGAAAGCAUCCAGAGAACCGACCUUCACCCCUUAAUAAUCUUAUAUGAUUCAAUAAAAUUCCCUCUCAUCCUUCUAAACUCCAGAGUAUACAAGCCUAACCGCUCCAUUCUCUCAGCAUAUGACAGUCCCGCUUUCUUCACUGCCUGGUGUACCUACAUUCUUACUUUCAGCGAUUGAUGAACAAGAACCCACAGAUCCCGUUGUACUUCCCCUUUUAACAACUAGACACCAUUUAGAUAAUAAUCUGCCUUCCUGUUUUUGCCACCAAAAUGGAUAACCUCUCAUUUAUCCACAUUAAACUGCAUCUGCCAUGCAUCUGCCCACUCACCCAACCUGUCCAAGUCACCCUGCAUCCUCAUAGCAUCCUCCUCACAGUUCACACUGCCGCCCAGCUUUGUGUCAUCUGCAAAUUUGCUAAUGUUACUUUUAAUCCCUUCAUCUAAAUCAUUAAUAUAUAUUGUAAAUAGCUGCGGUCCCAGCACUGAGCUUUGCGGUACUCCACUAGUCACUGCCUGCCAUUCUGAAAGGGACCCAUUAAUCCCUACUCUUUGUAAGAGUAAUCCGUACUCUUUGUAAGAUUGAAAUGCAAAAGCAAUAUGACAGCUAAUCCUGGUGGAAAUGAAUGAAUGCAUGUAUGAAUGAUGAAUGAAUGAAUGAAUGAAUGAAUGAUGAAUGAAUUAAUGAUGAAUGAUGAAUGACUGAAUGAAUGAAUGAAUGAAUGAAUGAAUGAAUGAAUGGGAGUGGGCAUGCAACAAAUCAGAAUUAGAAGAGGAUGUGAGAUGGUAAACAUGGUAGAAAGAUUAUUGUAGGGGUGGGUGAAAUAAGAAUGCAUCUUUAAUUGAAGGUGAAAUGUUGCAUUAGGAAAUGAGAGUGAAUUUCACUGCAGGAAAUGUAUGGAAAAUAUGAAUGAAUACACAUUCAAAAUGGAUUAGAGGCUCUAGAAGCAUUGGAAUUGUCAAGCAUGUGUCUGAAGGAAAUGCAUUUUAUGUUUCCAGCAGCAAUGUGGAUGCUCAUUAGGUUGGUGGUAAAUGGGCUUGUGAAUGUGUCAUGUGCAAGUGUAAAGCUGAGCUCAAGUUCAAACGGAAUAAUAUUGCAGGAUAUUGUCAGCGUUACAGUGAGAUGUUGGGAAAACUCUAUUGCUCAUCAUCUCAUCUAUUUCCUCCAAUUUUCGUCACACAUCCUUACUCCCCAACAUUGUUUUAGAUCUUCCUGUGUCCUCACUGAAUGUUUUGUCUUCCUCUUCCCUUCCCACUCCACCACACUUCCCUGUCCCUUUUACGAUUAUCCUCAUUGCUCCUCCGGACUUCUUCAUGCUACAGCUUCUAUACUUAUUUUCCACUCUGCCACCCUUUGGUUUAGUCGCCUCCUCUGGUGCCCCUCCCCUAUCUCUGCCACCUUACACCUCCCUUUAUUCCACAUGCACAUUGUAACCAUGUCUCCUCCGAAAUACCAUAUCUCUGAAGUUACGCAUGUAUUUUUGGUCCGGAUGCUCCUGUUCAUAUGGAAUUGCUUAUCUCUUCCUCGUCACAAUUUCGUUUCUAUCUCUCCUUAUCUAUUUCUAUAGUUCUUCCCUUAUCCAUCUCCCCUCCUCUUUGUCCACACCUCUUUGAAACUUUGUAUAAAGGAAUAUUUCCCGUGCAGGCUGCGUAAAGUUUUCAGAAUGACUGCCAUUUAUCUGGUGAUUGCGGCGCUCCUUGUGCCUAUCAUGGCCUCGUCUUCUGCUGUGAGUAUCACUCCGUAAGUACAUACCCUGGUGUACUCUUCUUAAAACCGCAAUAACAAACGAUGACAGACACUAAAAGCUGGAGUAACUCAGCGGGACAGACAGCAAAUCUGGAGAGAAGGAAUUGGGUGACGUUUCGGGGCAAGUGUGUAAGUGAGUGUGUGAGUGAGUAUGUGAGUUUGUGAGUGUGUGUGUGUGUGUGUGUAAAUGUAUGUGUAUGUAUGUAUGAGUGUAUGUGUGUGAGUGUGUGUGUGUGAGUGUGUGUGUCUGUGUGUGAGUCUGUGUGUGUGUGUGUGUAUGAGUGUAUGUGUGUGGGUGAGUGUAUGUGUGUGUGUGAGUGAGUAUGUGUGUGAGUGAGUGUAUGUGUGUGUGUGUGCGUGUGUGUGUGUGUGUGUGUGUGUGUGUGAGCUGGAGUGUGUGUGUAUAUUGGAAUUGGUGGAGAGGUGGAAUAUUGCUUUGGGGAACCAGCCCUCCCGUGUGAAGCUGGUACCGAACGGGUCCCACUUAGUCUAGUUAGAAAACUAAAUGUUAUAAGCUAAGGCAUAUCCAUGAUGGCUUUAUUAAACUCCAAUCCAUAGAACCCAGUUUCUUUAAAAACCCAUAUGGAAUAAAUGAACUUCUGCUGAGAUGGCAGAAUUAUCCUUUACAGACGUUACAUCUGACCACAAUACCACAAUAAGACACAACAGAGGGACUUCACAGCAUUGAAAAGACUUGACAUUUAGAAAUCAGGAGCCGCCAAAAAGUUUUACAGCUGAUAAAAGUACUUUUGAGAUUUAAUCACGCAUAUAAAAUAUGGAGAAAGGAGAACUACCAUCUAAUAUUGCUUAGUAAAGUAACCGCAGUGAGAUAAUGUUUGUCAUAUAUUAAAGGCAACGCCUGUGCAAAUAGUUGCGAUUGUGAUUACCGCAUAUUUUGAAAUUUGAUUUCUUCUCCAUCGACUCCCUUCUAUACAUCUUCAUCUUUUGUAAAAUUUUCCUCUUUUGAUGUUACAUACCUUUCCUUGUCUUGAACAAUUCUUCCCAUGGAGCUUCUACUGAUUCUGCUUCCUCUCCCACUUCUUCCCUCUUUAACCCGCAUUCCUUAUAUUAAUUUAUCUAUGACAUUUCUCACCAUCUUAUUCUUUCUUAUGCAUCUUUUGUAUGCCUUUGCCAAAAAUCUUCAUUAAUUUCUCAUCAAAAUCUUGGUCUCUUUGUGCAUAUCUUACAUUUUCUUACCUCUAACAUUUGUUUUUGCCUUAAUCUUAAUAAACCCAAACUUUUCAGCUUAUCUUAUGCUUAUAUUGACAUGGAGGAAGCUAUUUGACCCAUUGGCUCCACACCAGGUCCUGGCAGCAGCCCUCAUUUCCUUCUCCUCUUGAAAAUGUUCUCUGUCAUGUCCAGCCAUUCGUCUUUUAUCAUUUUUCCAUUUAUCUGCGCAAUGUGGCCAAUUAACCCACCAGCAAAGCUGGAGGAAACUCAAUGAUCAUGCGAAUGUGCAAACUCUGCACUGGUAGUACUCAAGGUGAGGAACAAAUCCAGGUUCUCGGAACUCUGAGACAAUAAUACUGACUGCUGGGCCAGUGUCACUGGCCACUCAUUUUCAGUAAGUGAACGAAGAUAAGUAGAUUUGAAAAAGCUCAUGAAGACAUGAGGCAUAUAAAGAUUUGCAAAAAGGCAAUGGAUAAUAGAUGCAGCAGUAGGCCAUUUGGCCCUUCGAGCCUGCACCGCAUUUCAAUAUGAUCAUGGAUGAUCAUCCAACUCAGUCUGGGUCUGAAGGAAAUGCAUUUGAUGUUUCCAGCAGCAAUGUGGAUGCUCAUUAGGUUGGUGGUAAAUGGGCUUGUGAAUGUGUCAUGUGCAAGUUUAACGCUGAGCUCAAGUUCAAAUGGAAUAAUAUUGCAGGAUAUUGUCAGCGUCACACUGAGAUGUUGGGAAAACUCUAUUGCUCAUCAUCUCAUCUAUUUCCUCCAAUUUUCUUCACACAUCCUUACUCCCCAACAUUGUUUUAGAUCUUCCUGCAUCCUCACUGAAUGUUUUGUCUUCCUCUUCCCUUCCCACUCCACCACACUUCCCUGUCCCUUUUACGAUUAUCCUCCUCGCUCCUCCGGACUUUUUCAUGCUACAGCUUCUAUACUUAUUUUCCACUCUGCCACCUUUUGGUUUAGUCGCCUCCUCUGGUGCCCCUCCCCUAUCUCUGCCACCUUACACCUCCCUUUAUUCCGCAUGCACAUUGUAACCAUAUCUCCUCCGAAAUACCAUAUCUCUAAAGUUACCCAUGUAUUUUCGGUUCGGAUGCUCCUGUUUAUAUGGAAUUGCUUAUCUCUUCCCCGUCACAAUUUCCUUUCUAUAUUUCCGCGCUAUAGUUCCUCCCUAUCCAUCUCCCCUCCCCUUUGUUCACGCCCCUUUGACACUUUGUAUAAAGGAAUAUUUCCCAUGCAGGCUGCGUAAAGUUUCAGAAUGACUGUCAUUUAUCUGGUGAUUGCGGCGCUCCUUGUGCCUAUCAUGGCCUCGUCUUCUGCUGAGACAGAACACCAAAAGCAGCGCUUUCAUGGAGUGCAGAAGAACGGGAAUCAAUGUGUCUGCACAGUGCGUUUUGCUGAAUGGGAGUUUCCAGUUGAAAGAUUUAAAGAGCUCCAAGAUCUAUCACAGAAUUGUUCGAGUUCACUGAAUGAAAGACUAUCAGAGAUAACAGCGAUUAACUUCAAGAUCCAAGUGUUCCUUGAAGAAAUGCAGAAUGAGACUGCUCGACUUAAACAGUUUGAGGCAAUGCAGAAACAGAAGCUGUACCAUCCACUUAACUUCUGGCCACUUCGUUGGAACCUGAAACGACUACAGUCAGAGAUUGCAGAGGUGCAGAAUGUUUCCUUGCCAAAUACUAAGGCACUUCAAACGAUCUCCUCUGAGCUGAACAAUUCCUAUGUCAGCGUGCUAAACUUGCAGCUGUAUGAUAAACAUAACUUACUGAACAUGAAAGACCGCUUGAAGAAAAUAAAGAACCAACUGGAGAGCGUUUCUGUCUAUGGCAAUGUGAAGAUUGGAAAUUGUUCUGGAGGAAUGUUACGUAACGUCACUAGGCCUUUAAUAGCACAACUCAACCCCUAUGGUACAUCAUUCCCUUACGGAGCCUGGGGCAUGGAUUCAAUGCCCGGAAGCCCAGAAUUGUACUGGGUUGUGGCACUAUUGUCUUCUAACAUCUAUGGAAAUUCAAUACGAAUGUACUCCUCUUACAAAACCUUUCUCAUGUCAAACACUCAUGUAGAUUUUACAGUGACAUCAUCCUACACCACAUCCAAUGCGAUCCAGGGUCCUGGUGUUGUGCUUUAUAAUGGUUCCUUGUAUUAUAACUGUUAUAAGUCUGGAGAAAUGUGCAAAUUUAAUUUAAACACAAAGAAUAUAAUUCAUGUGAACCUACCCAAUGCUGGCCAUUCAAACAAAUUCCCUUACUGUUACUAUGAUUGUUAUGGUUACACAGAUAUAGAUUUCUCAGUGGACGAAAAUGGAAUCUGGGUUAUUUAUGCCACUGAAGAGAAUUACGGUAAUAUUGUACUGAGUAAAAUAAACAGCAAUAAUUUGGAUGUAUUACAGACCUGGAAAACAAAGCUCUUUAAGAAAGCAACAACCAAUGCCUUUAUGGUUUGUGGGGUGCUUUAUGCCACUCGAUUUGUUAGCAAAAAUGAGGAGGAGAUAUUUUAUAUGUUUGACACCGUCACUAAUCAAGAGGCUAAAAAUCUUAAUAUCCGCCUCAUCAAAUUCUCUCCAAAUGUGGCAAGCCUUCAUUACAACCCAGUCGAUAGGAAGCUCUAUCUUUUUAAUGGUGGCUACAUGUUAUCCUAUGGUGUCUUGUUUUCCUGAGAAAUGCAGGCUAAUAAUUUUUUACAGCAUAUUUACUAAAACAAUGAUUUUAUGCAAUUCAAAUAUAUUUGGUUGAAGUUCACCUAACAAUCUAAGAAUGCCCAAGGUCAAAUGAAAAUUUCAAAUAAUGGUUUGUUAAAGUCGAAGAGCCAGAACCUUGUGGAAAAAAGCAUUUAAAACUACAUUAAAAACAUAAAUUGUUGUCAGUAUUCAGCAUGUAGAGAGAAAAUUUGAACUGACUUUUCAGGUCAAUUAUCUUUCAUCAGUAUCAUUCUGCUUCUGUCUGCAUUGACGCUGCCUGACCUCCUGAGUAUUAAUCGCAUUUUCUGAUUUGGUUUAGAGUUAUCACAUCUACUGCUUUAUUUGUUUUUCAUUACUGUAAUGACCAUUCUUUCUGUAUAAGGUACACAACUGUUGUAAAAGGGAGAGAAGAAAAUAAAUCAGGGCUUUUAAAUUAAAGAAGGGUCUCGACCCAAAUCACAUUAAUUCCUUCUCUCCAGAGAUAUUGCCUGUCCCGCUGAGUUACUCCAGCUUUUUGUGUCUAUCUUCGGUUUAAACCAGCAUCUGCAGUUCCUUCCUACACUGUUAAAUUGAUUACCUCACAUUUGGAUCUAACAUAUUUUACAGUUAAUGAAUUCUGAAAUUCUUUGCACCUAAGCCAAUCAGUGCCUCAAGACAAAAAGAGCAUUUUAUAGCUAACUAGACCAAGUGGGACCCUUCCCCUCAAUGCGCAGCUGUGGGGGGGGAGGGGGCGGCUUGCGGCGUCACACACACUAACCACCCCCAUUGAUAUUAUAUUAAUAUUAUUCAUUCACUGCUUUUACCCCAGCCCCCGCCCUAUCCACUCAUGCAUAGGCCCCAACUCGCAGGUGUGGCUAGAGAGGGAGGGGGUAGAGGGAGAGGGUAUUUUGCUAAUAAUUUUGGAAAGUAGCCAUUGUUGCAAUUAAACAGAUAAUGCAGUAUUCCUUUACUUUGAAACUCAGGUGUUAAAAGUACUCACGCAGACACUCAGAAAUAUUUUAAACUGGAAUCUCUGCAGUGGGAAUGAAUCCAUGAUGUUCAGUGGUAAGAACACUACCAUUCAGCUUUAACACAUUGGAUAUGCAGGAGACCCUGGACUGGAUAUUUGGGAGAAAAUAUUAGAAUAGCUGAAAGUAGGGCAGGCAAGAGCAAGGACGAAGCAUAAUAAUAUAGUUCUACAGAAUGUUCUCCUUGGCCUCAAAUUAUCUAAUAUCUGUAUAAAAUAAAGAAUAUAAUAGUUUGGCCUAUAGAUUCGCACACAUGGUGUGAUUUGGUUAUGUCAGUAAUGUGAAUGAAUAAGUUUAUUGGCCAAGUAUUCACAUACAAGGAAUUUGCCUUGGUGCAUUCCGCAAAUUCGUCAUGCACGCAUGUGACAACGCAAGUGACAACAUGACAAACAGUGACAGUUAAGAAUGAUACAUAACACAUUAAAUAUUAAUAAAACAUUAUUGAUUUACACCACAUAACUCAAACUUUCAAGCUGCAGCAUGUUCCAAAAAAAUGCCUGACUCAAUCUUGCACAUCUGUAUCUAGAACAAAGACUUUUGAAGCUUGCAUGCAUGUAUAGAUGCUAAUGAGGUGAUUCACAUGGUGCAUCAGAAUGGUCUGUACUGUUUCAUGUGAAUUGGGCUGCGGAUAUUUGAAUAACUUGCUUUUUAAUGUCAAAAUAAAAUCUUUUGUUAUAUCCAAUUGUAUCUGCCAAAUUCAUUUAAGUAAAAUAGAGAUCCAACCUUAAAGUAAAUGCAAGUAAUGAGAAAGAAUAAAGGAGAUGCAGGUAAUGAGAACGAAUAAAGCAAGUAAUGAGAACGAAUAAAGGACAUGUAGCUCUUGGAGCAACAUAAUUCAGCAGCAUAUUUCCAUACAAUAAGAUCCCUUAAAAUAAUGCAGUGCGGUUGGUGCAGGAUGAAUACCAUCAAGGACAACUCCUAUGCUCUUUGAAAAGAUUAUAGAUUUAUACAAGUCCUACUGAGUGGGGUUUCAUUUGAAAAGCAAAGCAAGUAAUUAACCUUGAUUUUAAACUUAUGUUUCUGACAUGGGGCUAAAAAUCAUAACCUUUUGAUGCAAGAUGUAGAGGUGCUAUAACUAAGAGUAGAAUAAUUUCUUGGAAAGUAUUAUGUAUUGGCUCAAUUAACUUCCUGCAAACUUAGGGGGAAAUUGUCUGUAGGACGAUAGUCUGAAAUUCCUUCCUCUUAUAUUCUUCCUCCUAUAUUUUUU